GACACCUCCUUGUCUUUGUUACUUCAGUUGGCAGAUAUCAGCUUUUGCUCCAAUACGUCUAAACAGUUAGAAGAAUACAUUGAAAAAUGCAGUACUGGAAUGUAUUGGGAAACUACAACAGGAUCUUUCUAUAACUCAUACUUUUAAUCAUCCACCAUCUGUAACAGAACGCACUAAGCCACCCUUAUGAUGGAUUCCCAACAACUCUCCCUGCUGUCCUCCUUGAAGGAAGAGUUGAAGCCUGAAGAUUACAUUCAGCCCCACUAUAAGGAGGCCUAUCGCCUUGCCAUUGAUUCCCUGGUGAAUGACGGCAGAGAGAGCUACCAGGAGUUCCUCAAGUCCGAGCGGAUAGGGAGCUUCCUCUCAGAAGAUGAAAUCCACUUCAUCACUACAAACGCCUCACAGCCAUUGCCUAGCAACCACACAGAAGAAAUUGAUGGCCCAGGUCCGGACGCUGCGGCCAGCAAGUCUUCAACUGGAACGUACUGGCCUGUGGACUCCGACAUAGCAACACCUGACUUGGAGUUAGGGUGGCCGGAGGUCAUGCCCGAUAGACUGCAAACCAAUAUAAAUCUGUUCUUCCAUCCACCCAGACUAAACAGACCCACCAUCAAAGAGUUGAUCCGGAAACACAUUCAGGAUGCCAGACAGGUUAUUGCAAUUGUAAUGGACAUUUUUACAGAUGUGGAUAUAUUCAAAGAGGUGGUUGAUGCCUCCACCAGAGGAAUUCCAGUUUAUGUGCUUCUGGAUGAAUUUCAUCUGCAAAGCUUUCUCUUAAUGGUUGAGAAUCAAGACAUCCAAAUCCCAAAACUUAGGAACAUGAGAGUACGCAUAGUGAAGGGUCAGGAUUACCUCUGUCGUUCAGGAUCUACAUUUCAUGGAGCAAUGGAGCAGAGGUUUCUGUUGGUGGACUGCCAAACAGUGGUGUACGGAUCAUACAGCUUCAUGUGGUCCUAUGAGAAAAUCAACCUGAGUAUGGUGCAGGUCAUAACAGGCCAGCUGGUGGAGUCCUAUGACGAGGAGUUUAGAACGCUCUUCGCCCGUUCUUUCGUGCCAGCAGUUCUCACCCCUCCCGAGACUGUGCUACUAGAACGGAAUGGAAGACAUGCUCGGGCAAAGUAUGCUUCUGAAUCCAGACAAGCCUUUGAGAGGAAGGACCAGUUGAGACAUACCCUGGACACAGUGUACAGGAAAGCCUGUGAGAGACAGACGGGCAUGACGACCCAUAUGGGAGAGAUGGAGGAGAGACUUUAUGACAAGGAGCCAUUUGAACACAGACCCAUGAUCAACCACGGCGAGAGUGUUCAAAACCGCAUCCAUCAGUUCCAGUCUGCAGAGACUCUGAACUUCCUGAAAAGGCACAGUUAUGCUGGGGAGAGACAAGAAGUCCCAUAUGUUCCACACAACACAAGGUAUGGGGCAAGCAACUGGAACGUGGCUGGAGAUAGAGGUAAUCACUGCGCUCCUGGAAGAAGCCACUUUACCAAUGCUUUGGAAGACCAUUCUCAGGGGGCACAGAUAAUCAGAGGUCGCAAUUUUCGCCAGUCCUACCACGGGAAUGACAAACAAGUCCGCUCUAUGCAGCAGAACAUGCCAACUUUGAAGAACACGGCUAAGUCCUUCUUGCGCACAUAUAGGAUAGAGUCUUACCUCAAUAACACCGAUGAUCCUAUUGGGGAAUCCUGUGACUAUCUGGACCAGUAUGAAGCACAGGAAAACAAAACUAGCUCAUUGAUUCCUUCCAGACUCAGGUCAUCCCUUGUUUUCAAGUCCACUAUUCCAGAGAAACCGGAGACAAACAGUCACUCAAACAACUCUUCCUCUUCCAUGCGUCAGGUCGACCCCUCUGCAAAGCCAAACAAUGCACCGUAUUACUCUUCAAUGCAAUUGCAAUGGAAUCCAGCGACAUCGAAGGAAAACAGAAUGAGACAAGAUGAAUACAUUAUGAAAAGGCGGAGUCUGCAGAUUUUGGAUGAUCCUCGGAAUAACAUUGGCUAUGGCCCAGGAAGAGACCCAUAUCAGUCGGUCUAUGCCUGCCUGGGAAGAGCCAAAGAGGGACUGGUAAUGAAAGCCCCUGAGCUCCUUCAAGACAACUGGCACAAAAGACACAGUGUGGCAGACUCAAAGACCAACAGUGACUACAGAGUCAAUAAAGAGUCCUCCAGUCACAUGUAUGGUAGGGCCUUUGGGAGGAGUCAGCCAGAUGGUGGUGGAAUAACAUUGGGUGCACAGAAUGGAGGAUAUUCUUCAAAUCUGAACAAGGAUCAGAGAUCUGUCUCUCAUUAUGACGUCAAAAACGUUGUGGACAGAAAGAGCCCCCCUGUUUCUAAUUGGCAAGAGCCUCCCUACAGAACUGUGUCUGCAGCAGCCCUUGAUAUGAACAGCAAAGAGCCUCCCUCCAGAACUGUGUCUGCAGCAGCCCUGGAUAUGAACAGCAAAGAGCCUCCCUACAGAACUGUGUCUGCAGCAGCCCUUGAUAUAAACAGCAAAGAGCCCACUUACAAGUCCACCAGCACAGCAUUGGGUUCACCACAUUUCCUUAAGAAGAGCACCAAGCAAAUCAGAUCAUUGCUCAAAAUACCAGAGAAAAAAGAGGGUUCCCCUAAAGGGGGUUCCCCUAAAAGGGGUGGUAGCUCUGACACCAUAGUCACAGACGAAGAGGGACAAAUACCAGAGAGAGAGAGGAAGGUUGCAUCACAGAGUAGCAUGCUUCAGAUGGACAAGAACCACUGUGCAGAUGAUAUAGGGUUAUCCUCAACCCCUCGUUUUAGCACUGAAGAGCUGCACCAAAAUCUUCCUGACAGAACUACAUCCAUGGGGACACAGGGGCAGCAUACGUCCAUUGAUAAAACGCAUGAAAGGGCAAGGCUUGCGUCAGGAAAUUGGCGUAGUGAUCGGGGUGGCGAUAGUCGUUUGUAUAGCAGAUUUGAGCCUUUCUGUUCAUUGGAGAAGGAGCGACCCCAUUCCUCACAAUCUGCAACAGGCCCUGCCCCCAUACACUCCCCAGAGAGGACCAAGAGCAUGUACUCUGCUAAAAGUAGCCCCACCAAUGAACAACACAACCACACUGGCCAGCAGACACAUAGCCACCAUGAAAACAAACUGGGCAAAUUCAUACAAAGAGUGGGGCAUUUCAUUCACAAAAAUAAGUAGUAGAAAAGAAAGUUAGCAUAAUACAACAUGGAUUACUGGUCAAAUUUACAAAAGCGUUCAAGGGCCCAAUUAAAUGGUAGGCAGAGUGGAAACAGUGUACUGCACUAUUUAACUUGAAAACGGGUUACAUGAAGAUAUUACAUCCUUUUAGGGCUCUUUAAGGCAAUGGCAAACCGAUUUUUACUUGAAUUAAAGGGGGGGAUCAGCACGGUCCAGGACAAGGUAUCACAAACUGUGAAAUCAAGUCAGGGGCCCACAGUGUCAGUCGGAACAGCAGAACUGGAUCAGCAGCACGGCCAAGUGAACAGGGACCGCAGGAGGUUGGUGGCAGCUUAAUUGGGGAGGCAGGGCUCAUGGUAAUGUCUGGAGAAGAUUUAGUGGAAUGGUAUAAAAUACAUCAAACACAUGUUUGAUGCCAUUCCAUUUGCUCCGUUCCAGCCAUUAUUAUGAGCCGUCCUCCCUUCAGCAGCCUCCAAUGACAGGGACAGCCAGGAAUUGGCAGGCCAGGUUGUCCUGAGGCACAGUCCAAGGUCCUUGUGGUAGGGGAGACAGAACUAGAAGGGAAUUAGUGGUCAGCGGCAGGGAAUCCGAGUGGGGAGCCAGGCCAAGCAGAGACCGAAAGGGUGGCUCGUCACUCCAGUACCUUGACGUUGAUAAGUCUUCAGUCCAAGACUAAAAGAUGUAAGAUAAAAGUUUGUGUGUGAGUGUGUUUGUACACUUCACAAAUUUGUUACAUCUUAUUUGCUCUUUAAGUCUAAGAGUGCUUCAAUAUGUUAUGCUUUUUGGUCUUUAAUACAUCAAACAUCUAUAUUCUUCAUAAUAUAUCAAAGCCAUUAGCAUUUUUUAAAAACCCAGAACCAAUCAGCUGCUCGAUGGCUGUGACGAGAGACUAAAAGUUAACUAAAAUAGGAGGAAUUCAUAAUGCAGUAGCUUCAUUUCCAUAUAAAACACAUUAAAUCAUUUCAUUUUAAAGAUGUCUUCACAAUAACAACUCUGAUCAAAAGAGUGAAAACAAUCUAUUUGUUAGCCACAAUAUCAGAAAAACAUAUCCAGAGUACAGGAAUAACAGUGCGUAAAUUGCAUGAUUGGGUGAAUGAGUUUGUUUGUCAAAACCUAAUGCCGCUUUUGUCAUCAUUGCAGUGUCUGGAGUGUUUUGAUGAGUAUUUUUCUUGGAACAAUGUCUUGGCAAAAUAUGCUUGGAUUUUACACGUGUUGUGGGAAAUGCAGUGGUAUCACGAGGGACUAAUUUAGGGAAAUGUACAUUGUGUGUCAAAUAUUUGACCUGUACAAACACUGACAAAGUUGGUUGAAAAAUAUAGUUGCUUUUUCCAAACAAAUGUGACAUUGUGUUUUUGUUACCUUUGAUCCUUUGUUGUAUGAGCUACAGGGAAGUGCAUCCUACAGUACCACCAUGAGGUGAAGUAUUUAUUUCAGUCUGUUUAAGCUACGAAAUCGUUUUCUGGCCAGGUUGUAUGUGUUAGUAUUCAACCCAUUCCUCUGACAAGCUAAAGACAAUUUCACAGUCAACAUGAUAUAUAAGCAUGACUUGAAUAGAGCACAGCAUUAUUUUUGUGUUUUGCAUUCCACUGAUUCUGGACUAUUUGAACCACGCUUUUUUGAACCAAGCCUUUUCAUUAGACAGGGUUCCUACUGUCACUAAGUACUUCAACACCUCAAUCUUUCACAUCACAUAGAAAGUGUAUCAUUCAAUGUGAAGUUCACAGAGUGUAUGCAUGCAGGCAUUCAGCUGCUUGUAAUUGAUAUGGGAAGAAUUGUCAUUGCAUCAGGUAUACAAGAAAUCACAUUCAUAAUAAAAUGGGGGGGGGGGACAUAUGAUGUAUGGAAGGUUGGGAAUUGUUCUAUAGAAACCUUUUUAAAAUCUGUUUGAUAAUAGGAUGUUGGUAUUUGCUCUCGAUAAGCAUAAGUGAACACUUGGCCCUUAUAUAAUUUGAAUUGAAUUACCUGUUGUUGCGUUGUGUUUUCCAUCUUUAGUAAUGAUGAGAAUAGAUAUUGUCCAAUAGAUCUGUUAUAAUUUAGAGCUAUGUGGUCUGAAUUAUGAGAUUGUAGCUUACAAGAGGUUGUAUGGAGGUCAGCAUUAUGACCAAGUCAGAGGCAUAAUUUUGUAAUGUCGCUAGGAAGAUGUGUCAUUGCAAUCAGUUUUCUCCACUGGGUUUCUAAUUGUGCAAUAUGUAAUAAAUAUGCAAUGGAAUAAACUGCUUCCAAAAGCC